AUGUCUUUCUACUUCGACAACGGGAAAAACAAGAUUGACUUCACAAUUCUGGAAGCCAAUGAAGAGAUCGCCCCUCAGGUCGGUGCGUCUAUUGGGAUUCUUCCUAACGGUGCUCGAAUUCUCGACCAACUGGGACUUUUUGAUGAUGUUCUCGCUGCUGUUGAGCCUCUGCGACAUUCCUCGUUUUGGAGAGACUCUGGUAGCCAGAUUACAAGCUCCGACACGCCAAAAAUAAUAGCAGAAAGACAUGGAUAUCCGAUUAAUUUUCUCGAUCGCCAGACCCUCCUAGAGAUCCUCUCCUCCAACCUGGACAGUUUUCAGGAUAAAGUGCUCCUGGGAAAAAGAGUUACCCAUGUGGAGCACUUAGAGAAACACAUAUUAGCUCACUGUCAAGAUGGAUCUGCUUAUCAGGGCGAUUUGAUUGUGGGAGCCGAUGGUGUUCGAAGCAUCGUGAGGCAGCGGAUGUGGGACUACAUGAUAUCCAAAGGUCUUUUCAGGGAAGUGGAAGUCGACAGAACAGCAAUGACUUCGGAGUACGAUUGCGUUUUCGGUAUUUCAUCUGAAACAACUGGACUUGUUCCUGGCCACAUUCACCGAACAUUCGGAAAAGAAUACUCAUUUUUGACUAUCUCAAGCAAGAACGGUCGUGUCUAUUGGUUCCUCUUCACCAAAAUGGACCGCAAGUACUACAAUCAUGAAAUUCCUCGUUUCAAUACACGGGAUAUAGAUAACCACAUUGCACCCUUCUUGCAGAAGCCAUUGAGCGGGAAUGUGUCUUUCAAAGAAGUCUACGAAAAGGCUCUUGUAAAAACUCAUCUGGCAUUGGAAGAGGCCAAAUAUGAGCACUGGCACAAGGAUCGCUUUGUCUGCGUGGGUGAUUCGAUACACAAGAUGACGCCCAAUGCAGGUCAGGGGGGAAACAGCGCAAUUGAAAGUGCCGCUACACUUUCUAAUCAUCUGUCAACCCUACUUCAGCACACAUCUUGCCCGAAAACAGAGGAUAUCAAUAAUUGCCUUCAGUCCUGGCAGGAGUCUCGUCGCCCGCGCGCCACGGAGAUUUCCAAUUCUGCAAACGAUCUUACUAGACUUGAGGCGGGUGCAACUAUCAAAGACAGAAUUAUCGGAUUGCAUCUCUUGCCGUAUUUGCAGUCCUUUUUGCUUGACAAGUCAUCUGCACAAAUAGUUGGCGCUGCGAAACUCGACUGUGUUGCCUUGCCGGAAAGAUCUCUGCGUGCAAAGAUGCCAUACAGAAACAAUGCAGAGACUAUACGCCAGAUGCUUCGGAGCUGCGCGUGCCCUAAUGACCCCCCCCUGAUCACCAAGGUCAGACCAUUCAUGGCUCCUUUCUUUGUUGGCGGCUUUUGGACUUCAAGUACCGGAGAGACAGUUGACCUACGCGGACCUAUAUACCACAUUCCAUUCAUGGACCAGCUUUUCAAGCCGCUGAUAUUUUGUUUUCUUCCUUCUAUUACCGGAACAGAUCCUGUAUCGUGCAUUCAGAUGCGAUCUUUCAUAACAGACUUAGGUCCAGUCUUUGGUAUAUGGAUGCUGGAGAGCUACCGCAACCGUCAUUGCUUCUCCGCAUCGCUGCUUCCUAUCCUUGCAGGCAUUGCCUUUCAACUCAAAGGAAUCGGCAUCUGGGCUCCCAUGUAUUAUACUCUGGAGUACCUCCAAGCGCCACUGGGGAAUUUUCUAUCCGGGGACCAUGAGAUCGCAGCUCGACAUACUAUUUCCCUCAUUCUUGCACUCCUCGGUGGGCUCUAUUUACCAACAUAUUUGAGCUUCACGUCUGCGACCGUUGAGUCCCGCCGGUUUUGGAAUGCGGUUUGGCAGCCAUUCCCUGUUAUUGUGCCGGCGAUCGCUAAAGUCAUCCGUCUGCUGAGCUACUCAGCUACCACGGCCAAUAACCCAGCGGAUCCGACCCAAUCAAAGACGAAGGCUACCAGGAGAAAUUUGCUCUGGGUCCGUAUUGCGUACAUUGGCUUUGCUGCUAUUUCCGGCUUCACCUGGAUCCACUCCAUAUGGUCUGCGCCAGCUGAUAGCUCGGUGUCUUCCAUCUUCUGGCCUGGCUUGAAUGGGCAUUUGUGUCCCGUUACUUCUUUCAUGGAUGGGAUCGCACGAUUCCUGCAAUAUGACCAAAUCUUUGCAAUGGGCAGUGGCUUUAUUUGGCUUGGAUUGAGACUUCAUGAGCUCAAAGCCGCUGGGGCUGGAUUCUCUUGGUUUAAGAUUGCUGGUUCAUUCAUCGGAGCUACGCUGGCUAUUGGACCAGGAGCGGCAUUUUCUCUUGGAUGGGGCUGGAAAGAGGAGCUUGCUAACAAAAUGGCCGCUAUUCGCUAG